AAUAAACACACAUUCUGUACUGAGGAGUUGCUCAGUGGUGAAAAGGAGACAGUCGUCAGUUACUGGCCAAUAGACGAUUCCACUGCAGUCAUAACAUCAUAACCCUCUGGAUGGUUGUGUGUAAAGCGAUUGAAGCAAGUUCAGCGUUUGAGGUGUGACAUCGGCAGAUGACUAAGCCGGCUAUCCACUCUUGGCACCCUCCACCGUUAGCCGGCUGCCGGCAGUGAUCUCCGCAAGCGCGUCGUAGUUAAUUCUGCGUGUUUACAAAUUCAACGCGAGAGACGAAGGGGAGCCUAAGUUGGUAUUCAUUUUCUUUUCUGACGAAUGGAUUGGUAGUUAGCAGACUAUCUUGUGUGGGUUUGUAGUCAAUUGAGCCUGCGCAGGAAAAGUGUGAAAAGUCUUGGAAAGUUGCUCAUAAAAGUAUAAAUAUCGCCUUUACGUCAGUUACAGAAACUGAAACAGAAAAUAAUACCUUAAUUUAUUUACUAACGCAGUAGUCAUCCAAAUGAUGCGAAGCGUGCCGACUGUUGCCCGACUCUCUGCAUUAAAAACACAAUUGAACCCAUCCCGCAAUUUUCAAGCCGUCGCGGGUUCCGUACUUGGCCAACAACUCCAACCCCGCACCCGCCCUCCUCAGCAACACACGCCAUUGAUAUCCCAGUAUCACAUCCGCACCAUGGCUACCACAGCACCGUCCAUCCCAACAACCCAAAAGGGCGUCCUAGUGUCCAAAAUCGGCGGGCCCGAAGUUCUCGAAUACAAAACCGACCUCCCCGUCCCCACCCCGAAGGAAGGCGAGGUGCUGAUCAAAAACAACCUCUCAGGCCUAAACUUCAUCGACACCUACUUCCGCACAGGGCUCUACAAAGCCCCGAAACCAGAGAUCCUAGGCCGUGAGGGCGUCGGCACCAUUGUCGCCGUCGGCCCGGGCCCUAACCCGAAGGAUUUUGCCGUGGGCGAGCGCGUGGUCUGGAUGAAAAAUUGCGGCUAUGCGGAGUACACGGCCGUCCCAACUGAGGCGACCAUUGCGCGCGUACCGGAGGGUUUAUCGGAUGAGGUUAUCCUCGCGGGGUUCCUGAGUGGGCUUACCACCCUCACGUUUGUGAAAGAGGCGUAUCCGGUCAAGAGGGGGGAUUGGAUUUUGAUCCAUGCGGCGGCGGGCGGGGCGGGUUUCCUUAUGACGCAAUUGGUCAAGUUGGCUGGGGCGAAAGUAAUUGCGACGGCUGGGGGUCCGGAGAAGGUGGAGCUGGUGGAGGGGCUUGGAGCAGAUGUGGUUAUUGAUUAUAGGAGUGCGCAGGGAGCGAAUUGGACGGAGAAGGUGAUGGAGGUGACGGGAGGGGAGGGUGUGGAUGCCGUGUUCGAUUCCGUGGGGAAGGAUACGUGGGAGGGAAGUUUGAAGGUUGCGAAGAGAAAAGGGACGGUGGUUUAUUUUGGGAAUGCCAGCGGGCCCGUACCGCCGUUGCAGAUCCAGCUGCUGGCGUCGAAGAAUAUCAAAGUUCUCCGUCCAACUGUUUUCCCAUACAUCUACACGCAGGCUGAAUUUGACCACUAUACGGAAGAACUAUUUGGUCUGCUGAAGUCCGGUCAACUGAAAGUUAGGAUCCACAAGGUUUAUCCACUGGAAGAAGUUGCGCAGGCUCACAUUGACCUCGAGGGUCGAAAGACUACUGGGAAGCUCCUCCUCAAGCCGUGAAAGCAACACUGGGCUACGGAUUACACUGCGCUCUCCGAUGGUAUGUCUGUGUCUUCUGACGGGAGAUGAAAUGUUUGCAGAUGGAAAACGCUGAAUAGUCGUUCUUGUCUUUAUGGGCGAACAAUGAACACUCUCACUGAGCUACGACUAAUUUUAUAGUUGGAGAAUGAUAAAAGAUCUAUGAAGUACGAAUAGUUCGAUUGUUCACCAACGCGAUAUGAUUCUCUUUCGUCUUUCCUUUCUAAUUUUGUGAUUUUGGACAUCAUUUACCUCUAACCUCCGGCGCCCUUUUGGUUGCAUUCCUUAAUCAUCCCCGUCAACCUCCUCCGAAGCUCCAGCUGCACCAUCAUCCUCUCCUUUUGCAGCGCCUGGAUUAUACCAUACUUCAUCAUCACCACGAAGAUCCCUCGGUUCCUUCCACCCAAUCAUACUCUCAUUCAGCAAGAUGGUGUAAAAGGAGCAGUAAAUGGCCAUCACAUUAUCGAAGUAGUGCAAGCCACAAUUCAAUUCCCAUACAGUGGUGUCAACCUUCAUCCCCACAAAACAGAACUGCAGCAUGCUCUCAUCUACGAAGAACUCGUACUCAUCCGCCACCGAAGGAGAAGAAGGCUCUGUCCCACAAACUUGGCCGGGGGGUAAAUCCUCCUCCGACAAGCCAGGAUUGCGCCACGGUUUCGCUCGAAGUUUGCCAAUAGGCUGGAGAUCCGGAGCAUGCUGCUUGUAGAAAUCCCGCACAUUACCGUCCACAGGCGCGAUGGCGGUAACUUCAAACCCAUUCUCAUCCACACAGGUAGCCUUUAGCUCAUUGGAAUUAGCCAGGUCACGGAAACGAACAGCCUGCUCGUAGCUUCCCGCACCCGCAAGGGCAAAUUUCACUACUUUACGCGCAACACUGUCUUCCAUGCCCUCUGCACCAACUUCGUUGCUCCAUUCCUGGCCUCCGGUGUAGAAACCGUAGAAGUACCCCCCAAACAAGGUUGAACAGGCCAUAUUAAAGUGUCCCGGGGCCCAGCAGUUCGUUUGUUGGGCUUUCCAGAGUUCCACCUUUGCAGUGUCGCAGACCGCACGUGCGGCCAGGAUAUUCUCGGUAUACUCCGGGCAGACAUCAUGUAGUAGAAUGUAAUUUAGAAAGUUUCUGAUUGUCCCGGUGGCCAUAUCGACGAGUGCUUCGGUUUCUAGUCCAAUAUAUAGAGGGAGGACGGAUGACCUGUUGGAGAGAGCACGUCAGGAGGUAUUGCAUGAAAUGGAAGGUUGGAAUUGGCAAAUCUGGACUUAAACGUACAGGAACCCUUUUGCAACAGCUUCGAAAUCCACAGCCCAGCCAACACGGUUUUCCGGGACUGAGGCUUGCGCUGUGGCAGUCAGAAUGUCCUCAGCAUCUUUGUCCAUGAGAUCGCGUUGGUCGUUGCCUUCAAACAUUUUCGGCCCUACGUCUACGCCUCCGUAAGACAUGUACUUUGUGAAUACGCUCCUGCGAUCUGAAUCCAUGCUCCUUUUUGCUUGGAACCGCUGUAUCGCUGUCUCAAGGCGCCUGUGAGAGAGUUAGCAUGAACAAGCAGCGUAACCCAACAUCAACAUUCAGUAGCUUACUGUUUGGCAGGUAGGGAUCUGAUAAAAAAAAAACAAGACAUUCAAGUCAGCUCAUGAGAACGCGUGUCUCCCUGUGAUUUAGAAGUCAUGCUCACCUAUCGUAGCGAUUUUUGUUUUCUUCAUAUUCAGCAACAGUGAUAGGGCCGUCGGCAACAUAUUCUUCGAAUCCUGAUCCCUAAAUCCGCCAUAAAAAUCAGACGACAUGUUAUUAUUACUCAUUGAAGAGUCACAUUAAGGACAAGAGGGUGAUGCUCGCCUUAUUUUUCCCCCUUGACUUCUUGUUCCUCUUCUUCUUUUUCUUUGCAACCGUGACCUCAGCUGUUCCCUCAAGCGUAUCGGGUUCCUCUUCACCAUUUUUCGUAGCAACACCCACAUCUCCCUCUAGAGCGCCAUUAUUGUCACCGUUGGGACGAGCAGUCUGGGUAUUUGUCGGGCCCCUAGCUUCAAUAUCCUGUUGGCAAUCUGAACUCCCUUGAGUUUGUUUGUCCCGGACAGGCAGAGGUGCGAUUGGCUUAGUCUCCAUUGCACGAGACACGCUUGACGUAGUUUUAACGUAGAGCAAAUGAUAUAUAGCUACAAGAAUAGCUGCAGAUAGAGGAGAAUGGUUGAGUUAGACCUGGUAGACCAGGUUGUUGGAGAUUGUCAGACGAAUGUGACGAGGAAGCUUGGGGGUGGUGAAGAAAGCAACGGGA